AAUAGGACAAAGAUGACCAGCAGACCAACAAGUGGCCAAGAACCAACAAGUGACAGUGUGGCAUACCCGCUGGCCUUCCUUCCUUCCUCUUCCCUCUUCCUCUGGACCAAGCAAUGCUGGAAAUGACAAUAAGGAAAUCUCCCUUGCAUUAACGUACCACCUUCCGAAGGAUUACUCUCUAUUGAUGACCUUGACCUUACCAGCUAUUUCACUGAGAAACUCAAAGCCAUCAGGAAGAACCCCCGCAACCUUGAACAGACUAAAAAGCUACAGUAACAAGAGCCAAGGGAAGAAAAACCACGGAAGAGUCAAUAUACGAUACACCCUAUUUACUGAGAAAGAGGCCCCCGGAAAUGGCUUCUUCUCCCCAGAGGCUGGCUUACAAGUGAGCAUCACCCAGAGAGGUUCACUGACUUACCUCGCAGCCCAGGCUCUCGGCUCUCCACCCUGGCCACACUGACGCGGCCCGGAAAGGAGUCGAUCUAGGGAAGAGAUCUAGAAUCAACUGAGAAGUACAUUUUAAGUCACCAGUUACUUUAAUGACGGAGGAAAUUGUGGCUCAGAACGAUGGGAACCCAGCUCAAGCGUACACAGCUGUUCAGCAGCAACAUAGUCCAGAAGAAUCACAAAUUGAAGAUGGGUCUUUGGUAGGGAUGAAACAGAUACAAAUAGUAUAUGUCCAGAUUGAUGCUGUCCUCUGCAAGCAAUCCGCAGCCCUACCGUGUGCAAAGGGAGGAUCUGGCAACCUGCCCUCGGCACCAUGGUCCACUUGCUCUCCUCCGAAGUCCGGCAGCUGCUCCACAACAAGUUCGUGGUCGUCCUGGGGGACUCCAUCCAGAGGGCUGUGUACAAGGACCUGGUGCUUCUGCUGCAGAAGGAUUGCCUGCUAACCCCUACCCAGCUAAAGGCCAAGGGGGAGCUGAGCUUCGAACAGGACGAGCUGGUGGAGGGCGGCCAGAAGGGCCGUAUGCACAACGGGAUCCAGUACCGAGAGGUCCGCGAGUUCUGCUCCGGCCACCACCUGGUGCGCUUCUACUUCCUCACGCGCGUGUACUCUGAGUACCUUGAAGCCAUCUUGGAAGAAUUGCUGUCUGGCAAGUAUGCUCCGGAUGUGUUCAUCAUGAACUCUUGCCUCUGGGACCUCUCCAGGUAUGGUCAGGACUCCUGGAAUUGCUACCGGGAGAACCUGGAGAGCCUGUUCCGGCGCUUGGACCAGGUGCUACCGAAGGAAUGCCUCCUGGUGUGGAACACGGCUAUGCCGGUGGGUGAAAAAAUUACUGGGGGCUUCCUUCCGCCGGACCAACAGCUCUGUGGCGCCUCCCUGCAUGUAGAUGUGGUAGAAGCCAACUUCUACAGCUUUGCCGAGGCAAGGAAACAUGGCUUCGAUGUGCUGGAUUUGCAUUUCCACUUCCGCCACUCGGGGCAGCACCGGCAGCGAGAUGGCGUGCACUGGAAUGAACGUGCGCACCGGCACCUGUCGCAGCUACUGCUGGCCCACAUGGCCGAUGCUUGGGGUGUGGAGCUGCCCCACCGAGACCCUUUGAGCAAGUGGAUCAAAAAUGGUCCGGUGAGGAGGCCAGCUGGCCAGGGGGUUGAGAGGCAGCCCCAGGCUAGCAGAGAUGAACUGGCUUUGCUUCCGCCCUCGUCCUCGUCCUCGUCCUCGUCCUCGUCCCCACCCCCACCCCCACCUCUACCCCUACCCUUACCGCUGCCUCUGCGCCACUGCAGAUCCCUGCGCCCGCUCCUACCCUCAACCCCACCCCGAGCACCUAUGCCCAUGUCAUUUUCCUUCCCACAGUCGCAUCCCAUUCCCCUUCGCCAGGAGAUGCCCCAGUUCCCGCCCUGUGACCAAGAUUCCUAUGUUUUCUCAAACCAGCCUCUCCAGUCGGAUCAAUUCUCUGUCAACUCUUUCUACUUGGAUGUCCCCUUACCUGCCCACACAGGAUUUGUCAUGGAAGGAAACUUUACAUUUGGUCCCCAGCCGCCUAUGCCCCUCCUCCCAACACCCUGUUAUCAGCGGCGUGCCCCCGUGGUUCAUAGGCGUUUCCCCCGAUAUCGUCCUCGGGGUCCUUACGCUAACUGGCAAUGGCGACGCAGACCUUCAAAGAGGCUGGCCCCAACCCAUCCAGAGUAA